AUGGAAUCCCAAUUCACCGGCAUCAGGAAGUUCUUGGACGAUGAAAACAACCAAUCGAUGGACCUUGGGUGGUUCAAGAGCGUUGCAAAGUACCUCGAGGAAAUCACCAUCGUCAACAGAGAUCUACGAGCCUCGGUGAAAGACAACACCUCGACGUUAUUGGAUAUCUUGCCAAGCGAGGAAUUGCUCCAUGACUUAAUCUCACAGUUUGGUAAUGUCGUGAUCAUCGAUGAUGGGAAGUUAAAAACCCUGGUGAUCCAAUGGCUCAGCAACAACAACAACAACAACAACAACAACAACAACAACAACUCCAAUGUCUUGCAAUUGUUCAUUGAUAUUAUCAUUCAUCAUGAUAAUUUCGACAUCGUGUACCUGGUGGUCAAUAUUAUCAACGAUUUGGUCGAUGAUGACGAUAACCUUGAUAAUAACGUACUGGUGGUCUCGAUAUUGCUACAAUUGAAAUUCCCUGAAGCGUUGGUAGGGAAAAUCGUCCAUUAUUCCAAUAACAAUAACGAUAAAGUCACGGAAAUUGAAAAGCAUGAUUUUGUCACCACCGCAUCAUCAUUACUAGUAUCCUUAGUGUCUGAUGUUUCUAUAUCCGACGCAUCAUCGUCCCAAGAUUCCUCCAACAACAUCUCAUUAAGCCAGAAUAAAACCUUAGUGAAUUAUAUGAUAUCCAAUGUUUGUAUCCCUAUAAAACAGAAACCCCAAACAUUGACUUUGACCAAUCAAUACGCCUCGGAAUUUUUCGUGAAACUUUCCUUGAGUUUGACGGCGGUUUCUCAAGAAUACUCGGCGUUCGGCAAGUUUGUUGACCUCAUCAAUGCGUUAAUCGACAGUAAUUAUAAAACUGCCAAGUACUCCAACCUCAUGGAACUUGUAUCGUUGAUCAUUUUCAAAUUCCGUAAACCAUCAUUAUUCCCUCCUAAAAACUCGAUCCAAGAGGAAUUCUUGUCGAAUAUUCUUGAUUGGUGUCAAUUUUUAUUCACCGCUCCUGGUAAGACCGCGGUCGAUUGUAAACAACAAUUUGUCACUGCCGAAGGAAUAGAUUUGAUAGUAUUGGUGCUCAAAAACUAUUUAUCAAAGGAGAGUUAUUUACAAAACGAGGAGGCCGAGUUUGAGUAUAAACGCUGGGAGAAAUUGAGUAAAUGGGGUUAUAUUCGAUGUUUUGGUUUGAUUUUAAAUUUAUUAACCCCAACUCAACAUUCAAUGGCUCCUGCUGUAGGAUACACAAAUAAUGAUGAUGAUGAUGAUGAUGAUGAACGAAAUGGGGUUUUCCUGGUGACGAUUGUUAAUUCUUUAAUCUCCUCGGGGAUAUUGAAAUAUCUCUACAAACCCUUAGGGGUUAUCAAUGGUAAUCUCACAUUGACCCUUCUUUUCCCACUCUCGACAUCCCUCAAGUCCAAACAUCGCCAAGGGCGUGAGUUUCUUGAGAAAUGGUUGAAAAUCAUCAUUUGGUUGAUUAGUUUGGCGCCAUUGGAUUCCGAUGAACGACAGCGGGUGGUCCACAAACUUAUGGAGAAUGAGUUAUCAAACUUGAAGAAACUUGUUAGCGUCAGAAAAUACUUUGUGGGGAAAUUAUCAACCGAUGACCCUCCAGAAGAUAAAGAAUUGCAUUAUUUGAAAAUCGUCGACAAGGGAUGGUCGAUAGUGGAAUAUGUCGAUAUCAUUGUGAAUUGGCUCCUAGUGGAGGAACAGUGUCGGAUAUUAGUUGGUGACCUCAUCAAUACAAGCACUAGUGAAUACUACAUUGGAAUUGAUACUUUAACUAAAGAAUUGAGAGAAUAUUGCGGAUCGAAUGAUGAUACAGAUGGGCUAAAAGUGGUGGUGAAAGAGUUGCUCGCAGUGGAGAUAUGA